UUUUUCUAAGGCGUAUUUACAAAGUACUGGCGGUGACGUCCCUUGGCGCAUGCUCGAGCUUCUUCCUUCAUUGCUCUGUUGCUUGUAUACAAAGUGCCACUACUACAACUCCCAGAUUAAUUAUCCCGCUCGCAAGAGAGAGGGUUAGCUGAACAUGGCACAUCUCUCACCGCUCAAUGGUGCCCUUCUUGUAGGGUUGGCAACUCUCUUCUGGACUUUCUUCGUGAAGCUCUACCAAGCUCGCAUGCUGCUGAUAAGCCGUCGGCGACAAGGACUACCUGUGGCACCGAACCAUUCAUUCCUUUUCGGGCAUCUGCUGUACCUCAAGUCUAUUCUUGAUCGCCUUCCGAAAGAUGCACAUUACCAGUACGGCUUUGGGACAAUUGCUCGAGAAAAGUUCUACGAAACCGGAGCCUUCUAUAUGGAUCUAUGGCCAAUGAGUGGUCUGUUCCUCACCGUCGUGUCCCCACAGAUUGGCGUCGAGAUCACGCAGACAAACCCAAAACUCACAUCUGAACGCCCCAAACUACUUCGCCGCUUCUUAAAACCCAUCACUGGUGGCCUGACUAUAUUCGACCUUGAUGAGAAAGACUGGAAGCCAUGGCGAGCGGUCUUCAACAAGGGGUUCCACAGUGAGCGGAUGUAUUCCCUCGUGCCAAGCAUGGUCGAAGAGGUACAAGUCUUCGCUAGAACGCUGCGUGGUCUUGCAGAGAAGGGGCAAAUCUGCUUCCUAGAUCCAAUCACACUUCGUUUCACCAUUGAUAUGAUUGGAAGGACUGCCAUGAAUACCUCAUUGAAUGCACAAACAGGUUACAACACUCUCGCAGACCGAAUGCUCAGCCAGAUUCGAUGGCACAGCCCCAACGCGGAAGUCAACCCCUUCAGCCAUCUCAAUUUUGUGCGCUCAUUUGUGCACUGGAAGAAUGGUCGCCAGAUUGACCGCUAUAUUGGAGCGGAGCUGGACAAGAGAUAUGAGGACUACAAGGCUGAGGCGAAAAGCUCCAACUCGAAGUCGGUGAUCGAUCUAGCUCUCCAAGAAUAUCUCAAAUCCUCCGAAAAGCUUCCUGUAAAGCUCGACCGCGACUUCCGAGCUUUCGCAAUUCGCCAGAUCAGGCUCUUCAUCUUCGCAGGGUAUGACUCUACAGGAAGUGUGAUCUGCUACUGUUUUCAUCUCUUAUCCAAGCAUCCCAAAGUACUUGAACGCCUACGCGCAGAGCACGAUGAAGUUCUAGGCUCUGAUCCAGCAGCUGCGGCCUCUCAGCUCGCCCAGGAACCCCGCGUUGUAAAUAGCCUGCACUACACCCUCGCUGUGAUCAAAGAGGUUAUGCGACUCUUCGCGCCUGCUGGUACAACCCGCGCCGGUAAACCUGGCGUCAACAUUACUGACGACACUGGAAACGUACUUCCCACCGACGACGCCAUACUCUGGAUCUUGCAUGUUGAAAUGCAUCGCUCAGCAAAGUACUGGCCCCGGCCCGAUGAGUUCUUGCCGGAGCGCUGGAUUGUUCCUGCCGGUCACGAGUUGCACCCUCAGCCCGGCGCUUGGCGUCCCUUUGAGCUUGGACCGAGGAACUGCAUUGGCCAAGCACUAGUGCUCAUUGAGCUGAGAGUCAUUUUGGCUUGCUUGAUUAGGGGCUUCGAGGUAGAGCCAGCGUACGAUGAGUGGGAUGCUCAGCAUUCGAAGAAGGGUGUUAAAUUGUAUCGAGGUGAGCGUGCUUAUCAAGUCGAGCAGGGAGCAGCACAUCCAGUGAACGAGUACCCUUGUCAUAUCAGACUGACUUCAAGAAUGUGAUUGGAGAUCUGAGCGAGGCUGUAAAUUGGGACUGUAUCUUCGAACGGAUAGCUACUAGUAACGAGGCACCACAGCGUUGGACUUUUCGCCAAGCGUGAAUGGGGACAGAACCAUGCGUGUGCUAAAUUACUUAUCCUUACGGAAUGCCGAGGGAUCAUGAGGACAUCUGGACACUAAUCGAGCAUGAGCGGAAAGCUUGAUUAUGCAUGUGCUUUAUCUCACGAGUCAGACCCUCGACCUAGAAUCGCCCUUAACUUAUUUAGGAAUAGACAGAACUUCUAGAAACUUCUAAACUAAUUAAAA